UUGACGCAUGUCCGAGUCCUGUGGGCCGCACGUGUCAGGAGAGGCAGCAUGGCGACCGAUCAGAGCGGUGGUGUGGAGUUGGAUCGCUCGCAGGUGAAGAAGGCUGCGCAGGCCCUGCUGGCCUACCUGAAGAGCACGCCCAGCUCGGGCUCCGUCCUGCUGGACGAGCACCAGCACAUCUCCCUGCUCUUCACUCUCUGGAAGGUCCCCAAGAAGGAGCAGACUAUCCGCAUCCCCUUACCCCAUGGCCUGCGCUUGGAAUCCGGGGACGUGUGUCUCUUCACCAAGGACGAGCCCAACAUGACUUCUGACCAGACGGAGCGCUUCUACAAGAGGCUGCUCUCGGAGAAGGGAGUCAAAGGAAUUACACAGGUGAUGCCCUUCCGGGUGCUGAAGAAGGAGUACAAGUCCUUUGAAGCGAAGCGGAGGCUUCUGGGCAACUUCGACCUCUUCCUGGCAGACGACAGGGUUCGCCGGCUCCUGCCCUCGCACAUCGGAAAGCACUUCUACCAGAGCAAGAAGGCUCCCCUCUCCGUGGACCUGCAGGGGAAGCAGCUGGCGAGGGACAUGACGCGGCUCAUCCAGGGCUCCACUCUGGGCGUCUCCAACAAGGGCCCCUGCUGCAUGGCUCGUGUGGCUCACUCAGAGAUGUCGGUGGACCAGGUGGUGGAGAAUAUCGCAGCAGCUUUCAGCACGGUAGCGGAGAAGCUGCCCAAGAAAGGAAAGAGUAUCAAGAUCGUCCAUCUGAAGAGCCAGUCCUCCGUGUCUCUGCCCAUCUACACCUCUGACCUCAGCCACUUGGCCCUGCUGGAGGGCGGGUCAGACAGCGCGGAGAAAGCGGAGAAGGCAGACAAGCCCAAGACCAAGAAGAAGAGAGUGAUGUCGACUCUGGGGAAACAUGAGAGCCCAGCUGCUGAGGAAGAAGAGAUUCCACGGCUAGUUCCCAUAGAAACGCCACCGAAGAAGGCCAGGCGGGAGGCACCAGCAAGGAAGGAGCUUGAGUCGGCGCCCCAAACUGUAGAAAUCAAGGGGAGCAAACCCCUUUCUUCUCCGGGAUCCCUUCCGGCGACAGCUGGCAAACAGGGCAUUGGGGCGAAAACAAAGGUGUCCCAGACCCCCAAGAAGCCUCUGGCGCCGCGCAGGCUGCCAGGGGUGCUGCAGCGGAAGACGCCCCCCAAGAAGACCCAGGGCUCCUCGGCCCGAUCGAAACUGUCCAAGUCGGCCAAGAAAUCACCCAGAACCCCACUGCAGAAACGGAAGAAGAGGACAGUGCCGCAGUCGUGUUAAAGACACGCCCGCUUCCUGGCACGCCCACACGGGACUCCUGAGCCCAGCUGUUAGAAAACUGGCUUCAUUUUUAAAAGCGCAAGCGAGAAAGGUCUCCGCGUGCGCACUAGUGCACACAGCGACUGUGCGGGAAUUCUUGUCAUCUGUGUGUGUGCGUGUGUGGAUGUGCGCGUGCCGAUUUGCCAGGCAAAGUGAAAGAGAGGCAGGGAAAGUAGUUGAGAGCUUGACACUGCUUUCCAGUUCCAAGGACAGUCUUGAGUUACAAAACAGGCCAUGUGCCAGGCAUGGGUUAAACGGUUCUGAUGUGCUGCAGUUUGAAUGAAGCUUCCUCUGUACUGUUUGAGGUUCACUGUUGGUUAAGGCUGAGGCAGUGUUGGUGUACGUGAGCAGUUGUGUGAGCUUAUAGUGCUCCUGCAAGUGUGGCUGGUGGGAGGAUUAAUGUGCCAGUGUGUACAGACCUGGGCCUUGUCACUGAACUUUAUUUUAUAAACUUCUCUCCUGCCUUACACCCCUCCCCCUGACCGCACACUCGAAACAACAGUCCCUGACGUUGUGUAAGAAAAUAGAAACGUUCCACCUCCUUCCAGCACAGUAAUAAAUGGAAAGCGGAGACAGUGCCGCUUACUACCAGAAGGUUGACUUGAAACAGAGCUGCAGACUGGUUUGCAUCACCUUAGUACCUCUCAAAAUGAGAGGAGGAAUGGAGGAGGGAGUAAAGAUGCAAUUCCACUGCACCGAUUGAAAAGAUACCAGCUUGUGGUUCAGAUGGUUCUGCUUUGUCCAUGCCUGUGUUUUAUAUUCAGGACAGGUAACUCGAAUGCUGUUUUUGUUAACCCAAUAAAUCCCUAAUGCCAUUUCCUA